AAGAUUAUAUUGCUAAUCAUGGAGAAGUUGAGCUUAAGCGGAAAACUUAUCACAAGUGUGGGAUCUGCCACCAAAUUCUGCUACUUAGUAGCCCAGCUAUUAAGAAGCAUGCGCAAUCUAAGCAUAAGUUAACCCUGAAAGAAUAUAAUAAACAAUUUAUGCUGGAGCAGAAUAUUCAAUUCAGUCAAGAUGAAAUGGUUGAUAAUGGCAGCAAAGGAAGGAAGAAAGGUGAACAGAAAGCUCCUCAGUGGUGUGAUGGAACAAUGUACAAGUGUCCUUUCUGCUUCGUUAUCUACUACAGAUACUUCACCUUUAGGAUUCAUCUGAUCAACAGUCACAAGAUGAUUGAUACCCUUGAAAGAACCAACUUUAUCAAGCACAGUGAGAUCAUCACAGACAAUUAUAACUGUAAACUGUGCAGUGCGAGCAUUAAGCGAGACAGGAUGGAUAUUGAAGCACAUCUUAAAGACAAACAUAAAACUACACUCCGUAUAUACGCAGAGAAUUUUGAAAGUAAUGAUUCAAAAGAACCUUUUGAGAAAGUUGUUGAAAGGCUUCUGAAAGAGGGAAAGAUAGGAAGUAUAAAUCUAAAUAUUAAGAUUGAGGAAACGAUUAAGGAAGAAAUAUUAGAAACUGAUGAGAUUGAAACUGAUCUUGUAGAUGAUCAUAAUGAUAAAAUUGAAAAUUCUGAGUCUGUGCCCGAGAAGGGUAAUAAAGAGAAAGUUGUUGUGAGUCAAUCAUGUUCUGAGGGUACAGAGAAUUCCACUGAAGAGAUUGCGGAGCCAAGACUUGAAAAAAACAAAAAAUCUCGCCGAUCUAUUAGGAUGAAAGAAAUGAAAGAUCUUCUUGAAAUCAAAGAUAAUACCUCUAAAAAUCCAAAUAAUAUGAUAAACGAAGACAUAUCUAAAGUAUCACCAGAUUUAAACCUGAAAGAGAUCACUAAUAAUGAAGAAAAGAAUGAUUCUAAUACUGGUAGAAAUGCCUCAACUGUAAGAACUAGACGCAUCAUUCUGACUCCAAGAACCCCCUCCAUCCAGCCUGAGACUAAGAUUUCAGAUAGAAAACAAACUGCAAUACCUAAGGAAACGUCAGUUCAACCCUCUAGAUUGCCCGCCAAAAAACUGGAUCCGGCAGCUAGCCCAGUUUCUAAGACCAAGGCAGAGGAAACGAUUUCUACCGAAGAUUCAGGAUCUCAAAGUGAGUCUGAAGGAAGAAGUAAACGAACGCGAAAACCUGUGAACAGACUCAUUUCUCAAGAAGAAACUCAAAGUCCAAAGCUCUUCCAGAGCCCCAAAAGUCAUGCAAUUAAGUCAACCAAGUCGACCAAGAAAAUUGAAGACAUUAUUCAAAGUCCCUGUAAUCAACCAUCAAGCAAACUCGAUGCCCCUGUCUCUGACCAUUCUUCAGAAGAGGGUUUGAGCUACACCCCGCCAACUGUCAAACAUAAAUCGCAUUUUAAUCGCCAAAUAAAGUUCGUCACAGAUGGAAAGCCCGGGAAUUUAUUAGCAAAAGCUGCGAAACCUGUGAAGAAAAUAACCAAAGUAGAGACAUUUACUAGUCCUAACUCAUCUGAAUUGAACUCAAGUCAAGAGAAGCAAAGUCCUGGUGGUGCAACACCAAAGAAGAAGAUGAAAGUGAAAUGGAUUGUUCGGAAGGAUUUACUUAAUUCUUCGCCAACGUCUGAAAAACAAACUUCAACUCCAACCCUGGAAAAAAAGAAGUCAAGUGAAGCGUCGCCUCUACCAAAGAUUAAAACCACAAUAGUUAAAACCAUUGGAAUCUCUCAAUCUGGGAGCAGGGGGAACCUAAUAAAAACCCAAAUAAAGAAUUUCGAUCAAGAAGGGAAAGAAAACCAGAUUAGUCGAAAGCGUCCCAGACCAACUGAUGACGAAUUUUCUCCUAAUUCCCAAGGGGCCAAGAAUCUACCAACAUCUGAGCCCUUAUCUAAAAGACCGAAGAGAGAGGCUGCAACCCGAAUUAAAAACUAUGCAGAAAUAUUCGGGACACAUGAGGAACUUCUUGCGCCAAAAUAUGAACUUCCAAUAAAACAAGAAUAUUCGCCCUCUAAGCCAACUUCCUCAGUAAUAUCUUCAAACAACCCUAUUCAACUAUCUAGAAAUUCAGAAAGCACUGUUGCAAAAAACAAUCAAAGAAUUAGUAUAGCACCCGUGACCCCAUCGCAAGCUACUAAAAAGAACUCGAAAAGCGCUUUAAAGGAUAAGAAUAAAACUUCUCCUAAAACACCCUCCCAACCCCCGUCCCUGCUUUCUGUCGGAGCUAUUAAGAAGGAACCAGUAAACACAGAGGGUGAGAGUAUGUACCGGUGUCCGAUGAAGAAAUGUGAUUGGAAAUGUACUCAGGAUGGAUUGCAAAUUGGUUCUGCUGUACUGCAUUUACUGCGUGUACACGGUGUACAACCUGUAGAGAUGAGAAGACAAGGACUCAAGUUUGAAGUUGCGAUUUAGUCAAUAGUCAUUUAAUCAUUUUUUUAAAGAAAUAAACAUCUUUUGUACUA